GUUUGCGUCAGCCUGAUCCGGAGAGGCGGAGGAGGACGGGCUGCGAGGCAGGAGCCGUGAGGCGACCGGAGCUUGGGCUCGAGGACGGACGUGAGUCGGUUUCCGCCGGCGACACGGGGAGAAGAAGAUCCACCAGCAACCGAAAGGGGAAUGGCAAGCGACGGCCGAAGGGAAAACAUUGCGCCGAGACGUUGGAGGGUGCGAUACUGUAUAAUGAAUGGGGGGAGCGGGGGCGAGGUCGCCCGCUCUGCGCUUUCGGAUGAUCUGACUCAUUCGGUCGGCACUCUUUGGGAUAGGCUGCACGCUAUAUAACAGAUCAUCAAUCUCUUACUGCUUAAGCUCCCCCGUCCCGAAGAAUCAGAUGGACAUUGUUCCCAUAAUAUCUGCUCGCAGCAACACGCCGGUCUUCCCUCGGGCCGCUUUACGCCAUCGUAAUUUAAGCGAGAAUGAAAUUUCAUUUCCAAAUUGCUUGGCCGCGCUGAAAUUUCGAAACAGUCCCACCCGGCGACAUUCCAUCUCCUGUACGCGACCUGUUGAAUGUUGCCGAGUCGGUAUAUAACCCGCAAUACGAUGAUUUGUUGGCAUAUGCUUGACAAGAAAUCGUUGCUGCACCUGAAGCACGCGUGACGCUUGGAUCGUAGAGAUUAGACGAAGCGGCAGAGACAGCAGCAGCAGCUGGUGGAUAGAGCGAAGAAAUUGCUCUCGAGGGGCAUCAUGACCAGUUGCAGCUACUCAGCGCUUUUGUCAGCCGAGGAUGUGUACGAGUAUCAUGCACCAGACGGUCAAGCAUAUGAGGUCAGGCAUUGUGUGAAUGGGUUCAUCGUGUUUGUGUUCAUAAAAACGUUUGGUACACGUAGCAGCUGCAGGACCUGUUGCUUACUUUCCUCUGGCGUCGUCGAGUCCUCGUACAACUGGAAGCUGUGAUGAAUUCCUGUCUCUCUCUCUCUCCCUCUCUCCCUCUCUCAAUGUGAAUGCAUGCAUCUGUUCCGAGGCCUCACCUCCCUACGCUCCGGCUUGUGUUUAUUAAGAUGUCUACCUGCGAGCAUUCAGUUCACAUCUCACGAAUCCCCUCGAGUCCGCAUGCCCAGCCCCAGCCCCAGCAUGCAGCGCAUGUCUAAUCACUCUAGAGCAGUUUAAAUUGGCCAUCCGUUGGCAAUUUGAUUCAUGGGCCUCGCGCAUGCUCGCUGCUGACUGACACUGUCUUGCUGAAUUCGAAGAGUAGACUGAAUCUGAGGUCUAGGCAGACGUCGUCAUAAAUUCUUAAGAGGCUUUUCUGCUUGAAGAUCGAGUGCAUUUUCAGCGUCCGCACUGCUUGCCUUCUGUCCGACAUGGUAAGCUCUGAUAUGACGGUUUGUGAUAGAGAUGCCGAGCGGACAUAUGGCUCGGGCUACAUACGCGCUCAUCUUACUCGAAUUCCCCUCGACACCUGCAGCUUAGCAUUUUAGCUGAACGAGGAGUUGUUGUUUUAGUGGCUGACAGCUCCUUUGAAUCUCAAUUGUGGGGAAAGAGAGUAUUCUCCGUAAAAUUUUCUACUAAAGUCUAGUAGCGUCAUGCGUUUCUCGUUUCUCGUGCGGGCUAGACCUGAAUCCUUUGAUGAAUCAGCACAUCCUCGACGGCCUUUGGAUGGUGGCAACUUACUUGUAUCCAAGUCAAAUUCCGAUUCCGAUUCCGGAAUGCAACUCAGAUGACAAUCUUAUCAAUUACGUCUUACAGGCUAGCUAGCUUUUGCUUUAGCACGUAAAUGGUUGGUAAAGGUAAGUCGAUCGGACUUGUGUCCUCGGUGGAGAUGUCGAUAGAUCUCACUCACGCAAGGACUCAAUGUGGAAGCUUUUGCAUGUCUUUCCUUCCUCUUCUUGCAUGACUUUGAACAAGCUCGAAAGUUAUGCAUUCAAUUUCGGCGUUACAUAUGCUCACACGGGCUUGAAUUCAGCGAGAUCAUAGUGCGAACAACUUAGACAUUUUCCUCGACAGACUCGUGUGAGAAGGAGCAAAUUUUGCUAGUUACAGGGCGAUCAAACUGGCCACCUCGCAGCUAUCAAGAGUGUACCGGUGAAUGAAUUAGGCAUCGAUCAAUCCGGUAGGGUAGCAACGAGCAUGCGAGUUUCAUUGAGUAUUUAGACAGAAUAUAAGAAUUCCAGCAGGUGAAAUCAGACGUGUGAAUUUUCCGGAAAAAUCAGGGAAUCCAAUAUCUGAACCGUAGCAUUGUAACAGGCGUAGUUCUAUACAAAAUGCACGGGAAAAAGGGGGAGUAAGAAAUAAAAACUCUGUAAUUACAACGAGCUACAGCCAGACAGUACUAGAGGUAGAGAAUUAGCGUUCUCCUUUCCACACAUCGAGGCUCAUUCUGCUAUCUAGCAACAAACUUCCGUACCUCAGGUAAGCCCGCACUUCAUAUCUGAUGAUGCUCUCUCGUCACUGCACUUUGCAAUAUUCUGUUGCUGGAAAAAACCUGCACUCUGUGGGGCCUUUCCUUCUGCAACUGUUUGCUUGGAAUAAGGCAACGUUGCGGGAAGCGGACAUUUGCGAAGGUAAUUUUAGACGAGCUGAAUCUAAAUAUCUGAGGAGCACUAGUGAAUGUACUCUGUGAGACAGCAGCUCAAUCGAGUGAUAGAUUCCUCGCUCAUUGUGUGCUGGAACAGAUUUUCUUUUCAAAGAGCUCGUUAGAUAUUCUGCAAUAUUCCGUGACACUGGCCCCAAGGAAAAUCAUGUCCCCAACAUGAUCUGAGGAUUUUCAUCUUUCAAUCUUCAAGUCUGAAAGGACUUGUGAUUGAAUUGGCUGUAUCGGAUACUUCAGCCUCUCAGCAAUCUUUCCUACUAGAAUUCGAUCCUUCAACUUCCUUCGUGUUCGCAGAGCUGUUCCAUAGAAGGGUGUAGUAUCGUCUAGUAGUUUCACGUCUCGGAGUUAUAAUGAAAGAAUAGUCAACCAUCAUUCGUAUGGCGAGGUACGAUAUGCUCUAUCGAGGAUCUGAUACAAUUUCUUGAAGUGUAUCUCAAUCACGCGAGAAGUGCUGCUUCCUACCUCAAGAGAUGGAAGGACAGUUUUACUUGAAUGCAGAAGAUUUCUCACUAAGGGAGCAAAAUACAAAACUUUCCCCUGUUUUGACGAUACGUAAGAGAUGUCCAGUCACGGGGACCCUACCCCCUCAUGCGCUCGGUGUGAGGGAAUUUGGGUGGAAGAGACGCCAGAAUUUGACGUAGGUCAAUCCAGUGAACCAGAUCCAGAAGCAGGUAGGGUUUGAUUUGAGGACUGGUAUAUAUUGUGAGUGCUGACCUACGUCUUGAAUUUUCUGGUAUGUACCGUACUCAAGCUGUCACCUCAGGGAUCACACAUAUUGUGCUGCAAUUCCGGACGUUUCUGAAAUCAACGGGAGAUUUGGGACGACUAAAUUGACUGACGUCACUAACAUUAUCAAUUGUUAGAAAAAGUGGUGAUUUCAGUGCUUAAUUGCUCGAUUAUCGAUAGUACAAGUCGUGCAAUCUGAACAGUUAGAGCUGUCGUUAUUGACUCAAUUAACUCCAGUCGCUUUCCGUCAGGAAAUGCAGCGACUAUUUCAUUUUCAACUCAUGAGUUGUGCGACAUCUUCAAACCAAAACAUAGCAGCUGACUGAAUUCUCUAUGAUUUAAGUUCUUGCUUUCAAUAAUGUACCUUUAGUGUCAAAAUCUACGAAGUGGGAGAUGGACCUGCUCCCCUUUCUGUUCACGGGUCAACACUUUCACAUACUUCAAAAGUUGUGAGUGAGAUGUUUGAGAACAGCUAAUCUUAGAAUAUUAAAGCUAGGAUCUUGAAGCGUUCCGGACUAUACUGCGAUGGAAACAGAGUAGGGCAUGAGGCCUCUGCAUCUUGCUGAUUUGCUUCACACAGGAGAUGUGUUCUCGAAUCUCAGGAGUUAUCAUUGCAGUCAUGAUGUGUAUCGCAGAGAAGACCGACAAUUCUCAGAAAAAUGAAGACGUAAAUCCUGCGAACACCUCCAAAAGAACUGAAUACACUCUUGAUGGUACUUUGGAUUGGAAUGGACGACCCGCUCACAGGUCUACGACUGGCGGCUGGAAGGCCGCCAAAUACAUCAUCGCGGAACAGGUGUUUGUAAAUUUGUCCUACUUCGGUCUCUGCAAAAACUUGGUCAUGUACCUCACGACAGUCAUGCACCAGGGGAACGCAGACGCAUCAAACUUUAUAACGAAUUGGCUGGGUGCCGUGUUCAUUGCACCCUUUUUGGGGGCUUUCAUGGCAGAUUCAAACUGCGGACGCUAUUGGACAACCUUCGUGUUUUCUGCUCUCUUCGGGAUCGGAGUAUUGCUGGUGGCCAUAUCAACGUACGUACCCUCUCUGAGACCACCUCAAUGUCCAUCCCGGGAUGUAAAGUGCGAAUCUGCCACGGCUGUACAGAGCACAUUUCUCACAAUCGGACUGUACGUAGCCGGCAUCGCCAACGGAGCGUUGACGCCCCCUGUGACUGUCCUGGGGGCAGACCAAUUUGAUGACGAUGAUCCUAUAGAAAAGAAAGAGAGAAGUUCGUACUUCAACUGGAUAUACCAGGCCAUCACGAUCGGAGCAAUGGGAGCUGCCGUUGCUAUCGUCACGAUCCAAGAGGACCUGAGCUGGGGAUUGGGAAUGACCAUAUCUGCUGGUCUGGCGUUUAUAGGAAUGUUCUUCUUUGUCUUCGCAUCCAAAUUAUACCGAUUCCACAAGCUCGAAGGAAACGCAGUGAUGAGGAUCGCGCAGGUGAUGGUUGCUGCCACUCGCAAAAUAUUUCUCCCCGUCACAGAUGUGAACAAGCUUUAUGAGGAGACUGACCCAGAAUCAACGAAAAGGAGGAAGAUCUGCCACACGGAUGAUUACAAAAUUCUGGACAAGGCUGCGCUGUGGACGCCGGAAGACGAAAUGGACGUGCAUUCGGGGGGCAAGAUCAACCACUGGAGUCUGUGCUGCGUCACGCAGGUGGAAGAGGUGAAGUCAGUGCUGCGAUUGCUGCCCAUAUUCUGCACGACGAUCAUCUACGCCACGGUGUACAUGCAGAUGACCACCAUCUUCGUGGUCCAGGGCGCGGGCAUGGACACGCGAAUGUUCGGCUCCUUCAAAAUCCCGUCGGCGUCCCUGUCCGUGGUCGAGCAGAUCACGAUCGUGAUCGGCGUUGUCAUGUACGACAAGUGGCUGGUGCCGGUCCUGCGCAGGUACACGGGCCACCCCAAGGGCUUCACGGACCUGAAGCGCAUGGGCGUGGGGCUGUUCCUGUCCAUCCUGUCCAUGGUGGUGUCGGCUCUGGUCGAGGCCAAGCGCCUGCAGGCGGCGCGCGACUCGAACCUGCUGCAGACGCACCUGCACGACGACACGACGACGCCGGUGCCGCUGUCCAUCCUGUGGCUCAUCCCGCAGUACUUCCUGAUCGGCUUCUCGGAGAUCUUCGUGUUCAUCGGGCUGCUGGAGAUGUUCUACGACCAGUGUCCCGAGUCUCUGCGCAGCGUCAGCAACGCCAUCCAGCUCUUCACCAACGCCGCCGGCAGCUACCUGAGCACGGUGCUCGUCACGCUCGUUAACAAGUUCACCCGAUCGGACGGCGAGUGGAUCCCCAACGACAACCUCAACACCGGCCACGUGGAUCGCUUCUACUGGCUGCUGGCAGUUCUCAGUCUGAUCAACUUCGUGCUCUUCGUGCUCUGCGCCAUGCGCUACAAGCCUCUCGAGAUGGAGCACUACGACACUCCUUUCGUCGCGGACGAGCCUUGCGACGACGACCAACGCGCCUACGGUGAAUGUCACGACGGUCGGGAUAAGUAGAACCGACUCACACGUUAGCCCGAAAGGACAAAGUCACCGUAACUGGACGGAGCCACCAGGUCGAGAUCACAAUCCAGUCAUCGCGAAUCGAGCGACUUGGUAAACCUGGACCAACGUAGUUACCCAAUGGAAGGACAUUGUCCAUGGAUCGUCUUUAGUCGCGCCGUAGUUUAGAAGAAUCAGUGAACGGAGUGGAGCGCCUGCAGCGAAAAAUUCUCAUGCUCGAGCAAUAGCACGAGGAGAUAGGUAGGGAGCGAGAUCUGCCCAGUUGUGGCUCAUUUGGCUUCAUGACAUGAUAUAGAUUCUGGGCAGUAGUAGUUGCAGCGUUCGCCUUCGUCAGGCUAGGACAUCCAUGGUUUUCUCCGUCCGGUUCGUAGACUUGAGCCGUCGAACAUCCUUCUGGACCGCCGUGUACAUUUGUUGAUUUCUCAUAUAAAAGUCGUCUCAUGGCUGAUAGUAGCCGCUCAUC